UCCUUGUUUUGUGCCGCCGUCAUUGCUAGAAAAGAAACCAUGGCGUCAAAAUGCAGUCCCUAAUAUCUUCCGUUUCACAAACCAGAGGUUUCGGAACUCGGAAGGAUUUCAUAAAUCCCCAAUUAUCCGUUCACACAUAAUUAUCGCAGAGUUUUUGCAUCCAUCGUUUCGUAUCUUUCCUCCUGCGACUCAAAGGGUCCGAGGCACGCCGCCGUCAGCCGACCUCAACGGCUAUAUGCCUCACCGGACCACACCGCACCCGCCGCCUCCACCAACCGCAAGGGCUGAGCUGCGUUCGGCUUCGUUCCUCAAAACAACGGUGUGAUUAGUACAUCGCCGAUUUCCCGUAGAGCUUUCUCGUAAGAAAUGCUCAAUACUGCCUCGUAUCUCCUUAGUGUCCCCGAGAUCGCACGCCGGCCGCCGUCGUCCCCAAAAUCGCAAUCGCCAUGUCAAGAUCUGUUGCUGUUGGAAAUUUUAGGAAAGUUCGACAGGCUUUACUGAUGAACAAAUGUAUUAGCUCCACAGGAUUGAGUUAUGGUGGAGCUUAUUCCCAUGGGGAAGUUCCAUUCUUCUGGUGGAGUUUGUACUAUCGGCAUAAACAUUCAAUUGGAGGAGAUGCCCAUUUGAUAAGGCAUAGAUUAAUACACAACUUUGAUAAGAAUAGUGGUUGUAGACGUUUCUAUUCAUUUUGCACUUCAGGGAAUAUUUCCAACCAUGCCCAGUUUGCAUGGAAGAGGUUCUCUCAAGUGUGUGGUAGCAAUGCGUCGUCGGCUUUAUCUCCCUUAACUAAGGCAGCUGGUGCCAUAAGCCUGUCUCUGGUGAGAUCUAAUUUGGUUGCUCCGAGUAUUAUUGCCUUCAUAAUAAGAGAGCUAGUUUGGGGUCGACAAACUGCAGAAGCUGAUGCAUUUUGGUCAGAGAAUUCACUGUGCACGCCCAUCUACCAUGGGCAUAUAUUUGUGGCUUCUUUGGUGUUAAGUGUUUUGGAAGGCAUUAUCUUGUUAAUAAGAGCUCUUUACUUAGGAGUGUUGUUCUUGCCCUGUUUGGCUAUGGCCCCAUUUGCAGAUUCCCUUGGAACCGAGUUCAGGAAAGCUUGGCUUGAUAUUGUUUGUCUGACACUUGAAAAGGCGGGUCCAGCAUUCAUUAAAUGGGGCCAAUGGGCUGCAACAAGGCCAGACCUUUUUCCCAAGGACCUGUGUUCUAAACUCACAAGACUUCACAGUAAAGCACCAGCACAUAGUUUCUCAAUCACAAAAAAUACCAUUGAAGGGGCAUUUGGACGCAGGCUUUCUGAUAUUUUUGAAGAGUUUGAAGAGGAACCUAUAGCAUCUGGAAGUGUUGCUCAAAUUCAUCGUGCUGUUGUGAAAUACCAAUAUCCUGGUCGUGAGGAGGUUGAGCCUGUUGUGGUGGCAGUUAAGGUUAGACACCCAUAUGUUGGUCAAUCAAUAAGAAGAGACUUCAUAUUGAUAAAUUUUGUUGCUAAAGUUUCCAAUUUCAUCCCUACGUUGAGAUGGUUGAGACUGGAUGAAAGUGUACAACAGUUUGCUGUCUUCAUGAUGUCUCAAGUUGAUCUUGCAAGAGAAGCUGCAAAUUUGAGCCGUUUUAACUAUAACUUUCGUAACUGGAAGGAUGUCGCAUUCCCAAGACCUUUAUACCCUCUCGUUCAUCCAGCUGUUCUUGUGGAAACAUAUGAAAGAGGGGAAAGUAUUGUGCGUUAUGUCGAAGGGCUUGAAGGGGAUGAAAGAGUUAAAAGUGCUCUGGCUCACAUCGGGACGCAUGCCCUUCUCAAAAUGCUUCUGGUGGACAAUUUUGUCCAUGCAGACAUGCAUCCUGGUAAUGUUCUUGUUCGGCCAAUGGAUACUGGGACAUCAUCACCUCCGCUUUUUGGACCAAAGCCUCAGGUUGUCUUCCUAGAUGUGGGAAUGACUGCUGAACUUUGCAGGAGGGAUCGAAUUAAUUUGCUAGAGUUCUUCAAAGCAGUUGCCAUUCAAGACGGACGAACUGCUGCAGAGUGCACUCUUAGAUUAUCUAAAAAGCAGCAUUGCCCUGAUCCCAGCACUUUUAUCGAGGAAGUUGACAAAUUAUUCAGCUUCUGGGACUCCUCCCUUGAUGGCAAAGCAUUUCAGCCUGCUGAUUGCAUGCGGCAGCUGCUCGAGUCUGUUAGACGUCAUAAGGUCAACAUUGAUGGCCACGUUUGCACUGUGAUAGUAACUACUUUGGUACUUGAGGGGUGGCAAAGGAAGCUCGAUUCCACCUACAACACCUUACGCACUCUGCAGACGUUGCUGUUCAAAGUAGACUGGGCAGAGUCGCUCUCCUAUACAAUUGAAGGGCUAAUGGCACCUUAAAUUUUCCCCAGCCGGUUUGCUCUCAAAACUCAGUUUUGCUAGCUUGCUUUUCAUGUACGAUCUAUAAUGCCUCGUACAUAGGAAGAAUAAUUUGUUGAACAUAUGAAUCAGUCUAUACAAGACGCUAAUGGCAUGCAACUGUAUUUCUUCCUUUCAGACGACCCGGUUGGUCUUGUUCUGUAUGAUUCUGCGGACUGACCAACCAGUGUAAAUUUUUUCAGACCCUUAGUAACGAGAGAACUGAAUAACAUGAGGAACAGGCAGUUUCUUCACUUCAUGUUAUCGACCUUCUGUUCCGUCACUAUAUAAUCCGUUCAAUGUUUUCA